AUGAAACACGGGUUGGGCUACAGGAAGCUCAGCCGCAAGACGUCGCAUAGAUGGGCUAUGCUCAGGACAUUGGUGACCCAGCUCAUAAAGCAUGAGAGGAUACAGACCACUUUGCCCAAGGCCAAGGAGCUGAGGAGGCUGGCGGACAAAAUGGUGACUCUUGGAAAACAGGGCACACUGCAUGCCCAACGUCAGGCAUCUGCUGUCAUCCGGGAGGAUGUGGCAAAGCGAAAACUUUUCACAGAGUUUGCGGAGCGGUACAGAUUUCGUGAAGGGGGGUACACUCGAAUUAUGAGAAGUGAAAGGAGAAUCAACGAUGCUGCCCAGAUGGCUUUCAUAGAGUAUGUGGAUCGUGAGGGGGAGCUGCGGCCAGCCCGGCCAACAAAACAUUCUUUUCCAACAUUUGCAUCGCAGGCUGUAGCAUAG